AUGGGCGGAAGAAUACAUGGAUUUUUGGGAGGUGUAUUGUUGACUUCAGCUUUAACUUACUAUACUGGACAAUUAUUUGUUAAUAAUGCAAAGUUCAUAUCCCAACACUUGAAACAAUCAAAUUCAAUAAUACAAAACAAAAUUUUAACAGAUACAUAUUAUAAGAAUUUAGAAAUACCCAAUAAUCAAAUAACAACCUAUGAAAGACCAAAUUUUCAAGAAACUUGCAAAGACAUAUGGAAUGAAGAGAUUAUAAAAAUGGUUAAUUGGAUAUAUAGUAUAAAUUGGUAUAAAUUAGGAUUAACUAUUGAUGAAGAAGCUAAUAAAUUGACAGAUAGAUUAGCAGAGCAAUUUGUAAAUAAGAAAUAA